AUGGCGUCUUCUUAUCUGGCCAACUUCUCAAUUAUAACCGUCCUGGUGGAGCUAUACACUCUCUAUCGAUCACUUCUCCCAAGCCCAUUGCCAGGCGACCCUGCAGGAUUAGCCAAGUGGUGCAGCAAGCAGCUUGAGGAGCAUGGAUCUCCGAUCUGCCAGGCGCUGAUGGGCCCGCUCUCCAAGCCGGUGGUCCUUGUGGCUCACGUCGGCCAGACUCGCGAGCUGCUGAUGAGAAGAAGUGACUUCGACCGGUCAUCUUACAUUAUCAAUCGGACCUCCCGCAGCGGGUUGAAAGACCUUUUAGCACCACACUAUCUGCACCAAACCGUGGGUCCUAUCAUUCACUCUUUGGUGCUCAAACUCAUACACCUCUGGGAAUCUAAAGCCCGGGUAGCAAAUGGAAAGCCCUUCAGCAUGUUGGACUCGGCUUUGCGGAGACAAAUUGAGUUUGUCGAGCAACUCGACAGCUCUCAGUUGGUCAUUGGGAAGCACACCGACGUCACCUUUCCCCAAGCACCGUUGCAUUUAUUCCAACAGGGUUUGACCGACGUGGGUGACCGGAUGGCUGCCAUUUACACCACGAAAUGGCCUCCUUCGAUCGUGACCUCGUGGGCACGGAACAUAUCCCCGUCUUACCGGAAGUUCUUCGUAGGCAAAGAUCGCUUUAUCCGCCAACAUAUCAACCUGGCACUGCAUCGCUUCAGCAACGAAGAACAGCCUAAAGCUGGCAUUGACUACAUGAUCUACAGGGAGCACAAGGCAGCUCGUGAGUUCGACCGGCAGCCUAUGUAUGGCAAGCAGAUCAUGAUAGACGAGGCCUACGGAAAUCUCAUUGCCGGCCAACAUACAACCAGUGCGGCACUAGUGUGGAUUCUAAAGCUACUAGCUGAGCACCCUGCCAUUCAGACGAGACUUCGGGACGAGCUGCAGACGGUCUGUGUAGGUGCUGUCCAGGAAUGUCGCCUACCGACGGCAGCUAAAAUUAUUCAAUCUCGACUCCCCUAUUUAGACGCAGUGUUGGAAGAAACCCUGCGACUUCGAGCUGCUAUGCUCGUCCCACGCGACGCUACCCGAAACACAGAACUUCUGGGUCGUCCGAUCCCGAAAGGCACGGUCGUCCUUCUCGUCUGUCAGGGACCGGACUACUCCUCUUCGCCCUCCUCCCAGUAUUGGAGUGAAAUAAAGACGAGCCAAAGGUACCCAGGUGGUGGAAAUCCGGAUCUUGAGGCGUUUGACCCACAGCGAUGGCUGGUCCAGAACGAGCGUGGUGAGCUCGAAUUUGAUGGCUCGUCGUACCCGCAGUUGGCGUUUGGGCUGGGUAUCCGGGCUUGCUGGGGGCGCCGUCUGGCGCAGCUCGAGAUGAGAAUCUUGACUGUCAUGCUGACUUGGAAGUUCGAUUUUCUCGAUGUACCUGAGGCUUUGGCUGGUCAUGAGGCGACCUACGAUAUCUCCUACCGUGCCAAGAAGGGGUAUUUGCGUCUGAGGUCCCGGUAA